AUGAUACGUCAAAUCGCUCUCAUUGUUUUGUUGUUCACUCAAUCUUUGCUCGCUGCUGGAUUCAAAUAUGACGAUAUUCCGGCUGAAUAUAGAGAACUAAUGCCUCCGGGAGUAAGAUUCUUUCUGCAGAACCUUUCUGAAGCUGAUAAGACUGCUUUGAAGGAAGUUUUCAAGGCUGGACCUUAUAUUGAUAUUAAGUCAAUUGCUGCGCUCAAAAUGAAGUCACCGGUACUUGGAGCGAAAGCCGAGAUGCUUCACGCAGUUAUAAAAAGCAAAAUUGCGGCCCUCGGACCUGAGGCGAAAGCUUUCGCAAGGAAGUCCAUCGGAAUUGCACGCGGCAUUAAAGCGCGGUACUACACUGGCAAUAAGCCAACCCUGGAUGAUCUCAAAGCAAGCGUGAGGGAGAUUUUGAUCUCGUACAAAUCUUUGUCCGAUGCUGCUAAAGCCGACUUUGGGAGCCAGUUUCCGUUUCUUGCCAACAUUUACAGAAGCAACAAGACGGCAAAAUUCGCUGGUUUUCAAAACUAG